CAGGUGGCGCGUGACCCUGGGACCGCUCCGCAGCGCGCGAGGAUGGCAGAUGGUGAGCAAGCAUUUGAAACCAUGUCCCUGGGGACACUGAGCUUGGAGAAAGUGACAGUUGGUAAUACAGAUUAGAAGUGACCAAAGUAUCAGACCUUGUUUUCUUUUCCUGGGCCAAGGGACUGAUCUUUGAACAGGAAGCUUCAAACUUAAAAAAGAAGCCUUCAGAAUGGCUUUGAAGAAGACAAGCUAGACACUGUUUCAGAGCACCGCCUUCAGCAUGCAUCUUGCCUGUCCAGGGGCAUCCCUGGUGAGGAGCUCUUUGAAGGGUUCAUUCCGCAGAGGGCCAGAGAGCUGAUGCUCAUGGAACCAGAUUGGUGGAUUUGACUUCCUGGAACAAUCGUCUUGCUUUAUUUUAUUCUUUCUGAGAGGCUGGAGGUACUGAUGGGACCGAAGGGCCUGCUGGGAAGGGAAGCAGCACUUUCAUGCUGAAUGAAAACUAGACAAGUGACUGCUGGCGUCUAAAGACACCUAGAUGCCCCACAUCCAGAUUCAGCAGACUGGGGACCCGGAGGAAUUGCCACUGCUGGGGAGAACAAAGCCAGACUGGAAAAGAAAACCCAAAUGAAGAGAAUGAGGGCCGGUGGAGAGUAAAUGGCGGCCUCCACCUCCACAGAGAGCCAGCUGGCCUCCUGGUGGAACUAUUUUUUCCUCUAUGAUGGUUCCCAGGUGAAGGGAGAAGGAGAUCCAACCCGAGCGGGCAUCUGUUACUUUUAUCCCCCGCAGACCCUGCUGGACCAACAGGAGCUGCUGUGUGGACAGAUCGCCGGGCUUGUCCACUGCGUUUCUGACCUUUCCGGCUCUCCUCCCGCCCUUGUCCGCCUGCGGAAACUGAAGUUCGCUGUAAAGGUUGACGGUGAUUACCUCUGGGUGCUGGGCUGUGCCGUGGAGCUCCCCGAUGUCAGCUGCAAGCAGCUUCUGCACCAGCUCAUUGGCUUCUUUCAUUUUUACCAUGGGCCCGUGUCUCUGGCCUAUAAGAGCUGCCCACGGGAAGACCUGCGUGCUGAGUGGGACACGCUCAUCGAGCACAUCCUGGGGAACACGGGUGACCUGCACAAGAUCUUCAACUGCCUCUGGCACCUGGACCGAACCAAAGUGGAGCCCCUGCUCCUGCUCAAGGCGGCCCUCAUCUUGCAGACCUGCCAGCGCUCGCCCCACGUGCUCGCCGGCUGCAUCCUCCACGCGGGACUGAUCGUCAGCACCCAGCUCCCACCCUCCGUCACGGCCAAGGUCCUGCUUCAUCGCGUGGCACGUCGGGACCAGAGGAAACCCGCAGGAGGGGAUGCCCUGCAGGAGUGUGGAGCGGCGCUCCCUCCCAACGUCCAGAUCACACCUGUUUUCCUGACUGAAGAGGAAGCCGCCAGUCUCCGCGAGUUCCCCCGGGAACCCCCGGCCAGCACUCCAGCGUCUUCAGCCAGACUCCAGGAGCCCUCAGCUGCCCCGAAAGAAAACGCCCCCAGACACGUGGGAUCCAAGGCUCAGACCUCGACAACCACACCUGAACCUCUGUCUCCUGACGCCGCCUGGGCAGAUGGCAGCAGGGAGAACGGACACUGGUCUGACCCUGACCUGGCGAGCACGCUGCCCACAACGCUGCACCGCACUGCCGCGGGCAAGGGUUUGGGUUUGUUCGGGGGGAACGGGGACCUGGACUUGUCUGAAAUCCACAUCCCAGAAACUCAGAAAACAGAAGCAUCCCUGAGCCACCCUGCUGCAGACGGCAGGGGUCCUGGUUGCGAGGAAUCUGUCCACGACCCCGGCAGUCCCGGAGCCAAGCCGCCCGGGUCCCUGCCCCUGGGCUGCCUCCCCGCCUCUGCUCCUGAGGCGGUCCCCCAGAAUGGAGCCCUCACGCAGCCCGCAGACCUUCCUGGCGACCUGGAAGACCCCGGCAGGACGAGCGGGCCUGGGCGGGCACCUUGCUUGGUUUUGAGGCAGAGGCAUACCAAGCUGCCCCUGGAGGAACACGGCGAGGAGCAACGCGGCAGUGGGGCUCCCGAGGGCCGCUUGACCCUCGGCCCGGACUCAGCAGACCCCUCAGACGAAGGCCCCUCUGCAGACAGAAGUGCAUCCAGGGUGAGCCUGGCCUCCCAUGAGGGGCUCGUGCGGAUGAACCUCUACACGCACAGCAUUAAGGGCCUGGUGCUGUCGCUGCUGGCCGAGGAGCCGCUGCUGGGGGACCGCGCGGCCGUGGAGGAGGUGUACCACGGCAGCCUGGCGUCCCUCAAUGGGCUGGAGGUGCACCUGAGCGAGACUCUACCCCGGGAGCAGGCGGCCCCCGCGGCCAGAACCUACAACUUCGCACACUACGACCGCGUCCAGAACGUGCUGGCGGCCAACCUGCCGCAGGUGAACACAGUGCAGGACCGCCGCUUCCUCCAGGCCGUCAGCCUGAUGCAUUCCGACUUUGCCCGGCUGCCCACGCUGUACGAGGUGACCGUCAGAAUAUAUGUGCCUCCUCUGGCUUUAAGUCAGAGCUGCCCAUGCUGGCAACCCAGACCCACCCCCGACCUGUGGACCUGCAGUGUCUCACCUUCCUCGGAGCUGAGACUUUUCAUGGAACGCCUCUACGGCUGUAUACGCCUGCUGCAACCCCAUUCACGAAACCUACUUCCAGCAGCUGGCCACGGCGGCACGGAGCUCUGGCUUCCCAAACCCGCAGGACGGCGCCUUCAGCCUCCCGGGCAAAGCCAAGCAGAAGCUGCUGAAGCAUGGGGUGAACCUGCUCUGAACCGUAGGUCGCUCCUGACCCCUGUGGAUGACUCUCAAAUCAAACCCCAGCAAAGGAAGCGCUGCCUUGUUAAGUGGAAAAGCCCCUCUGUUUUACUUUCCCUGGAAUAGUCCUCUUUUUCAGGACUGCAGUAUUUGAGUGUUUGUUACUCCUUCUGCGGAUCAGGGCUGGAGGGGGUCGAUCCUCGGGUCAGCAGACCUAGAGCUCGUGGUAAAGAACUUGAUGGUGUGGGUGGCGGGGGGGUCAGGGUGGGGCCAUGGCUCCUUCCAGCCCAGGGGCCCGGGGUCAGUGAUCCCCCCUCAUCACAUGGAGCCCGGGGUGUCUGACAGUCCCUGGGUCUACUCCACCCCGGCCUUGACUAGUACAGAGACUGAGGCUGGUGUUUCUUCUAGAACCCCGCUGUCCCUGGUCUAGAGUGCAUGUCCCACACUGUCUGCAGGGGGUGGGUCCGAGGUGACUGCAGAGCCAGGAGAUGGAUCUAUCUGCAAGCAGACCGCGUGCCCACUUCUCAGGCUGUCUUCACCACGGUCCUCCUAGGGGGUCAGUGCACAAGAAGCGGUUGGGGAUGCUGAGACUGCCUUGUCUGGAUCUUCUGGAUCACCCGCUGUGGGAAGGGGGCGAUCUGGAUGACCUGGAAGGGAGCCUGGGGUGCCGGGACCCGGAGGUGGGUGAUGACCAGCCAGGCCGGCCCCUUGGCUGGAAGUGGGAGGUGCUGCUGGUUGCCCUGAGUGAGAGUCCCAAACAGGAGUUUCUAAAAGGUCUUGGAGAAGAAGCAGAGCUGCUUUUUGGGGAGUGGGGUUGCUGCAUGAGAAGGGACAGCAUUCUGCUCUGGCUGUUGCCAGGGUAGGACUGAGAACAUCGGUUCGGUGACGUUACAGUCCGACGUUCUAUGAUGGUACGAUGAGAGUCACAGAAUGAAAAUACUGACCAAAAUCCUAACCAAAUCUUUACCGGAAGUACCUGAGACUCCAUGUGAAAACUGCAGUGUAACUGCACGCCAGUGAGCCAAUAUCUCCUGUUUAUGACAUGGUGUCUUUUUCUUGAAACAAGUUGCUAAGGGCUGAAAAUAAAGUAACCAGAAAUGCUACUGA